AUGUCAGAUAGCACUAAUUUUCAACAACAGCAAAAUCGUGCACAACGUCGCCUAUUAUUCGAAGGAUUUAAUUUACAGGAUACUAACGGCGGCGUCAAGUUUGUGCCAACGAGACAUCCAAAGACGAAUCUGAGACAUUCGCCAGAUUUAAUAGCAGAUCGAAUAUAUACGUCAACACCUGAAAAAAAAUCCGAACUAAACAAUGAUGAACAAAGUUCGACUCGUUUCAUCAUUAGUGAAAACUCCACUCACAUUCCUCAAACACAACAGUCGUGUAUUAUUCAAUUACAAAAUGCCAAAAAUCUUUUACAAUCAAUGAGUAGAUCAAACAUUAACUCGUAUGAACAACAGCAACAGCAAACCUCAUCAAAUAAUGAUAACAGCAAUAACAUUGAUAACCAACUGAGAAACAAUGGUGAAUAUAUUAAAGGCGACUAUGACUUUCAUGGUAAUUUUUGA